AUGGCAGAUGAAGAGCUUAAAAAGGCUUUUCAAGAUCUACAGUUCAAGACGAAUGAGAAUCGCGCUUUGAUUACUCAAGGUGAAGUGGCUAAGAAAGUGAAUGCGCAGAAACAACGACGGUCAGAGUUGUCUGCAGCGAGCAUUUCCGAAGUGCCAGAUGGCCAUGAGGUGUACAGAAGUGUUGGUCGUAUGUUUCUUUUGUCCACAAAGGAGGCGGAAAUUCAACGUCACAAUCAAGAAGCUUUUGAAUUCAAAAAGUAUAAGCAAGUGCUUCGACCAGGUCUGUGUUUGUUGUUGUAUUAUAGGCAGAAGGUCGACGGGUUGAAUAAACAGAAAGAGUAUCUACAGCGAGGUUUGGAGGAGGCUGAGCAAAAUCUUCGUGAGAUGAUUCAAGCUCGAAGGACAUGA